AAGUGGGCUGCGGCAAGAGAGUGGGUGGCAGAGCUGGGCGCAUAGUGGGGGGCGAGGAAGCUAUGCCUGGCGAGUUCCCUUGGCUGGUGAGCAUCCGUCGCCACCACAAACACAUCUGCGGUGGCACACUCAUCAGCAGCCGCAUCGUUCUCACUGCAGCGCACUGCUUUUGCAGAGGCUCUUCAGUCAUGACAACCGAGUACUUACACGUUGCUGCUGGUGAACACAACCUCAACCCUUCAGGGGACAAGUCCUAUACAACAGUUUCAAGAAUUUCAAGACUUAUUCUUCAUCCUCUGUACGACUGUUCAAAGCACGUCCAUGACAUCGCUCUGAUUGUGAUGCCGGAUGCUCUACCCUGGUCCGGGAGAGUACUCCCAGCUUGUCUCCCAUCUCAUGAAGGAGCGUCUUCUUUCACAAACCACAAGGCUAUUGUAGCUGGUUGGGGAUGGACUGAUGAGAGCACCUACACAGGCUCGAGAUCUGAUAUCCUGAAGAAAGUGACGUUGGAGGUUAUUGGGAUUGAAACAUGUAGAAGCUGGUACCGGUCCAUGGGCAAGAAAAUCAAAAUUACUGACUCACAGAUGUGCGCCGGAGUCGAACAGGGUGGGAAGGACGCCUGUUGGGCUGACAGCGGUGGUCCGCUGAUGGUGGAGGGCUUCUCAAGGAGUGAUGACGAUGACAGCCUGCUGGUGGUUGGAGUCGUGUCCACCGGAAUCGGAUGUGCGAGGCCCAAGCUGCCAGGCCUCUACACCAGAAUAUCCGACUACAUGCCAUGGAUCUCACAAACUAUUUCACAAGUUUCGUCAAAGUGAUUGCAAACUCAUGAGAGCAAUGAAUUUUGUUUGAUAGAAGUUUUAUUAUGUAGGUACUGAAUAGUAUGAUAUACUAUGCACGAUAUUUUUUUUCAUUUGUGAAACUCAUGUGAGCUGUGUGCCAUAAUGUGGUUGAUAAAACUGGAUAUUAUAGAUAUAUAUAUAUAUAUAUAUAUCGGAAGGCUCGUUGAAUUGUCGGUCCCGGCUGAAGUGUGACAGUCGUAAGGCCCAUUGACGGUUUAAAUUAUAUGGAGGUUGUCAUAGAUAUAUUAAUUUUCUUUUAUGAGUAGGUACGUAUAGUAGGUACGAGUAUUAUUCGUGAUUAUCAAUAGGUAGGUGCCUAGUAUUGAAAAUAUAUGUAGGAUUAUUGGAAAUAUGAGGAGGUGGUUAAGACAGUCUGUUCCAAGAAUAUGUUAUUUAUUGUGACUUAUGAUAUUAUCUAUCACAUUGUGAUGCUAGUUGAUGUAGAUCUUAUAUUUCUAUGAAUUUUCAUAGCUCGCAAGGAAAUAUUAGCUGCCGCAUGAGAAAAUAAUAUAAAAAUGCAAAUAGGCCAACUAUAAUUAUUAUAUCUUACUCCAAAUAAGUAGAUACCGUACCGUAGACGGAAAAAAUCACAAUAGUAUUAAAAUUUUUUUUUUAAUUCGAAUGAGAAUAUUUGAAUGAAAGACUAGUUUGAAUUGAUGCUAAUUCCAUAGUGGCCUAUA